AUGGGGACAGAGGUGGAGCGGCUGAGGCGAGAGGUGUUGGAUUUGACAAAGAGCCUCCAUACUUCGCAGACAGAGGAUGCCAAGUUAGCAGGACUUCAGGCCAAAGUACAGAGGGCAGAGGUGGAUGUGACACAGCUAUGGGGGGAGAGGGAUGCAGCCUGCCAGGAUAUAGUUAAGGCUAAUAAGGAUGAUCCCUUUGUGGAGAAUGCCCAUAUUUCUGAGGAUUAUGACAGUUCUGACUCUGAUGAGGACUCUUCCAAUCUUCCCCCUAAAAAGAAAUCAAGGGUUAGUAAGAAAGCUGAAGAAGAUGUUGAAGAGAAGGUUGAUUCUGAGCAGGAGCAGGAGAAGGAGGUGAAAGAAGAGAAAAAGAAUGAGCAUGAGAAGAAAGUUGAGGGUGAGGAAGGAGACAAGGAUAAUGAGCAAAGAAAAGAGGAUGUUGAUGAGUCAGAGGCGAAGGAGAGUCCCUAUGAUUUAGACAAUAGGGAUGAUGUUCAGAAUAAUAUGGAGGGCAAUCCUAGGUUUGAGGAUUCUACUCAAGACAUGGAGGAUGUAGAUACUAUUCUGAAUUCUACUAGAAACAACUCUCUUGAAAUGUUUAAUUUCCAAAAGUAG